AGAUGGCGGAUUCUUGUUUUCAAGAUCGGUCAUAUAGAAAUACAACAGUUUUGAAAUAUCCAACAAAAGUUGACAUGUUACGUGUACAAUAAUAUCAAGUGAAUGAAAUUAUUGUUACGACAGAUUUUGUUGUGGGAUUGAAAGAGUUUUUUUGAACGUUAUAAGCGUCGUAAAAGCGGUGUCUUAAGCGUGUAGAUUACACGAAUACUGAUUCAAGUGAUUUUCAGAAAUUUCUAUUGUUUUCUAAGCGAAACAACAUUCGUGGAACUGAAAAAUGUUAUUAUGAUAUAGAGAAUAAAAUGGUUUGAUUCGAAUGAAUAUUUAUGAGGUUAAUUACCCGAGCGAUUGAUAUAGUGACAAUAUUACUUGGUUAGGUUGAUUGACUAAGUAGGCAUACCUAUGAUAUCCGAUCAACAUUCCACGUGUUCCUCUCGGUGGUUCACGUUAAAACGUGACAUUGGAUCAAGUUUAUAAACAGCACAUUGUUUUAAUCCAUAAUGGCGACAAGUGAUUUUGAUGUGGAGCUCUUUGAGCGAAGACUUCAUACAUUGAAGGAUUCACAAGAGUCAAUACAAGGUCUUUCAGCUUGGUGUUUAGAAAGGAGACAACAUCAUAAGAAAAUUGUAGCUACCUGGUUACAGGUUUUAAAGAAGGUAAAAGUUGAGCACCGGCUUACACUAUUUUAUCUGGCAAAUGAUGUUAUUCAAUACUCUAAGAGAAAAAAUUUUGAAUUUGUGGAAUCAUGGGGCACUACUUUGCAACGAGCAACGACUAUGGUUAGAGAUGAAAAAGUGAAACAUCGUAUAUUAAGGAUUUUCAAAAUUUGGGAUCAAAGACAAGUAUACGAUGAAGAAUUUCUCGCAGAUUUGUCAGGAUUAAUUUCGGCAGCACCAAAAAAGAAAUUAGAACCUCAACCAACAGUACCACCUGAAGAAUUUCAAGCUGCCUUACUUAUCUCUACUAUGAGAUCAUGUGCUACAUUAGAACAAGCAACUGAUGCCCGAUUAAGAGAUUUACGUGAAAGUAAUAUAGACAUAGAAAAUGCAGAAGAAUUAUGUGCUUCUCUAAAAGAUAGAAGAAGGGUUGAAGAUGCAGAGAAGGAAGUAGAUCUAGCAGUUAGAAAUGUUGAAAAUUAUGUUCGUGCAUUAGAAGCAGAAAUUAGAGAAAGAACCCAAGUACUUGAACUAUUAGAACAAGCUGAUCAAUUUUAUGAAACUCAAAGAGGUGAAGUGAAAAUAGUUACUAAUGCAUACAGAAAUUUUGGUAGUCGCGUAAAAAAUUUGAAGAAAAAAUUGGAUGAACUUUUACCAACAUUAGUUUCACCAAUUCCAUCACCAGACAUAAAUGCUCCAUCUCCAAGUCCUGAUAGUGAUAUCGAACUUCCAGGAGAAGAAACUCAAUCUCAAAAUCAAUUGGGAAUGAUAGAUGUAGCACCACCAUCUAUGUAUGGUUCAUAUUCACAUGAUUAUGAUCCAGUGCCUGUACCAGCUCCAGAAAUGGGUCAAGUCAAUGAUUCUGGUGAUUUUACUAAUAAUUUUUCAUCUUUUAUGGGAGGAAACGUGGAUUUUGGUAAUAUGAGAAAUAUAUUUAAUGAAAGAUCAUCAACACCUACUGGAAUAUCACAGCAAUAUAACGACUCAAUAGAGGCUAAACCAAUAGAGGUAAUCAACAUGAGACCCUCCAAAAAUGAAAGUAAUAGCGCGGAUUUUAAUAUCUCUAGUUUUUUAAAAACUGUUCUUCCUUCUUCUGAUGGAACACAAGAUCCUGGUGGUAUUCCAGGUCUUGGUUUAGAUAUUCCAGAAUCACGAGUAGAAUCACCACAGCGUUCGAAUUAUAGACAUUCACCUGUGUUAGGGCAGCAUUCUGUAACUCCUGUGAUGUCAAGAAUUAUGGGUAAUCAGAAUGCACCUAUAGGCGUAAAUACUUGUCCAAUAACUCAUAGUACUCCAUUACCUGUUCGGAAUUUAUCAGGCGAAUCGCAUACUCCUUCACCAUACUCCAGUCAAAACAGUCAAAGUAACAUUACUGUACCUUUUGAUGGUCCUACUAAUAACAAUACCGUUAAUCCUUUACCACCUCCACCGUUACCUCCGCCUAUUUUUCUUGACGAUGAAAAUUGUUAUAAUAAGUUACCACCAAAAUUUCCUACAUGGACACCUCCGAAUGAAACUAUAAAGGAACCAGCCAAAUGGGAAGAAAAGGGAAAAAAUAGCAUGAAUCCAACUUGGCCUGGUGAAUGUGAUGAAAAAACAAAAACAUGGAUGGAUGGUGAUACGGAUAGAUGGGACUCUAAUAAUGAAUCUACAUGGACUAACAUUGUGAGAGGAAAGAACGAAAUUCUAUCCGAAACACCAGAAUCACCACCCAUGUAUGAAAAAGCGGGAUUUACAGAUCCAGUUGAAUAUGAUGAUUCUCAACCGCAAGAAUCUCUUUUGAGUACUGCCGGAGAUGUAGAUCAUAGGGUAAUACCAAUUCCAAUGACAGUGGAAAAUCAAUUACCAUAUCGUUUAAUGAAAGCAGCGGAUGUUGACCAUCGUAAUUUAAUUAGCUUAACAGGAAGUCCAGCAAAUCAUAAUGUUAACGAUACUUCAAUGAAUGUGAUAUCGAAUAGUAACAACUUGUGGUCUACCAGCGAUCAGGAUUACCGGCAACACAUGCAACCGGGCGAUAUCGUGGAAAGUGUUGACAUGGAAAUGUCGGAUGAUGAAACUGACAGUAAGCCGAAAGGAAGGGUGUUGGUUGACGUGCGAUCGCAAGAUAGGGACAUGAGAGUCGGUAAUCCAUCAGCAUCCUCGCAACACAUGGAUAUGGAUAUGCGAAUGAUUCCGCUUCCCGCAGGCCAAAUGCCAGGAUCGCAUGGACAAAUCAUGCAAGAUGUGCACAUGAUGCAUUCAGGACCUCCACCGCCUCCACCUCCACCGCCGCAAUUUCAUCCAGGUCAACCAUCUUUUCAUCAAGAUCAAACAGAUUUUCGACAUAAUUCCGCGACAGAAUUCCAUCCAGCUCAGACAAAUUUCCAUCAGAACAGACCGCCGCCAAAUUUUAUUCAAAAUCAGCCAGAUUUCGGCCAACAAGACUUUCAUCAAAUGCAACCAGAAUUUCCGAAACAGGAAUUUGAAUAUCGCGAGAAUCAUGCUUUGCGACCUAAUCAAGAAUUUCUUGGCGAGCCACAAAUGCGUGGGAGGUAUUCCCAACCGGUCGAUCAUCAGCAUCGAGAUAUUGGUUUUCAUCGGAACGACCGAGGAGGUCGUGGUGGCCGUGGAUUUGCGAGAAAUCGACGGGAUAGAUACUCGGAUGAUCAUAAACCCAGAAACAUUCAAAACAAUCGUAAAUCCAGAACCCAAGAGCAUCAAAGAUCUUCGCCGGAAAUUUUACCCAAUAGCAGACCUCUGCUAGUACCAGCGCCCGACACUGUUGUCAUAAUCGACGAGGAGGGUAUGCCUAUAGGAUUACCUAACGAGAAGGAGCAAAUGGCAACGAAUGUAGAGCAUCCUGUGGAUACGGAACAAGAAGAAAAUUGUCAGGAUCGUAGAUUGUCGCAUGGUACGCCAAAUUCACGGGACCUCGACCAGCAACAGUCCAUUUAUUCAAGUGGUUCGAAUCUUGUUCAUGAACAUGAAUCCGAGCCACCGGUUGCGGAGUCGGACGAGCAACAACCAACAAUGAACCAAGUGACCGUUGUACCCGUUAUAACGGAUUCCAAAGACUCGCAGCAUAAUCAAUACGUGUCCAUUUCUGAAUACGAGGAACACGUUGAAACGGAAGCUAUGAUAUCGGAGAAAACUUGCGAGAGUAGCGGAUCGAUUGAAAAUGCCGAGCAAGAUGUUAACUUCGAUCAGUCGCAACAGCAACAGCAGCAACAACAACAACAACAACAACAACAUAUAUCGGAUCAAUUAGACGAUCUUGGGAACUCGAUGCCGAGUAACGAAUUGAAGAGACCGUCGACAAAUGGUAACUUUGAUGAGAACGACGUUAGCUCUAGCAAGAAGAGACUCUUGUCGAAUGGUCCUCAAACUCCAACCGAGACUGAUGCAGGUUUGAACGGGCCUAUACCGCAGGUAUCGGCCGAGUCGCAUCCGGGGAUAUACGAUUUUGAAGGACCGAACUUUCGGCCACGUCUUAGCGGCCCGGUCCCAUUCCCUCCGUGGAGAGGGGGCCUGCCAAGGGGUAGAGGCUUCAGGGGUGGUCCCAGAGCUCCUUGGAUGGACAGAGGUCCUCGUGGCCCUGUAAUUGGUAAUUUUAUGCCCAGAGGAUUGAAACGCGGUGGACAAUUUAGGGGAAAUGGUUUCAGAGGUCGGGGACGUGGUAAUAAUUGGUAGAAAGUGCAUGAAUUUUCGUUCAUUAUUAUGCUUGAAAGGAAAAGUUGAAGAAAUGAAAAUGAGAGGGGGAAAAAAAAAGAAAAGAAAAGAAAAGAAAAAAAAACUUUCGCUGCAAUUUUUACCAAGAAAAAAAAUUUGCACCGCUUUUGACAACAUAACGAGAAGAAAACAAACAAAGUUUUUUCUAUUCUGUACAUAUAUAUACUUGUUAAAAAUAUUAUUAAACGAAGGAAGAAGAAGACUCAUCGUCGGAACGUCAUAUAGGACUGGGACAUUUAUCUUUGCGUGCGUCUCUUAACAAUGUAGAUGGGAAAAUGGGGGCAAAGACGGUAUAAUCCCAGACGACGUAAUCUUCUUUGUUGAAGAUUCACGCUUCUGCGCGAUUAAUUCGCCUAUAUACAUAUAUAAAUAAAAAUAUAGAUAUAUAGAUAUAUGAAGAAUGUACACGUACACAUUUAAUGCGUUUUCUCUCUCUGUCUCUCUCUAUCUGUCUAUCUCUCACUCUCACUCUCUCUCUGUCUGUCUGUCUGUCUCUAUCUCUGUUUCUCUAUCGCUAUUUUCUCUUCGAAAAACUUCAUUCGAUUUUCACAUACAUGUACACACAUUUGUUAAAAAUUUAGAUGUAUUAUUGAAGCGGUACUUUUGACGCCUUUAAUACAACGUUAUCAUGAACAUUUCCAAUCAGUGAUGAUAUAAAUAUCGAUUUAUAUAUCAUAAAAAAAAAAAAAAAAGAUUAUAAUGAUGUAUUGAUUAUAAUGGUGUCGAUAGAUUGUCGCUUCCGUAAUAAUCGGUAUUAUCUUUUAGGAUUUUAUGUAAGACAAAAGAAAUUUCUGUUUUACUAAAAAAAAAAAAAAAAAAAAAAAAAAAAAAAAAAAAAAAAAAAGAAAAAAAAAAAAAAAAAAAAAGAAACUUCUGUAUGUGUUAUUACAAGUACAAGCAUAAAAAAGAAAAAAAAUAAUCUCCGUCAGGUGGGUUGACCUGUGAAAAUGAUUUCGCAAUUCGAAGUUUUUUGAUUUGAUUCUUGAUCCCUGUUAAUUAAUCACAGGUGAUCAGAAUCAAAGGUGCAGCUUGUUUUAAAAAAAAAAACAAGAAAGGAAAAAAGAGAAAGAGAACUCUUUUUUUUUUUUUUCUUUUCCUUUUCUUCUUCUUUUUUUUUUUUUUUUUUUUUUUUUUUAGAAUUCGUUUCACGGGUCGCUUCUUUUUAUUCACUUGCCUCUAACCGUAUAAAUAAACAUUAAUUGCCUGUUUUCUUUAUCCACCUGUCUACGCUUCUUAUUAAUUACGUCGAGGCUCGUUUAUAUAAACAGGCAUAUGUCAAUGAAUCUUGAAAGUGUAUUAAUAAAAAUACAAUGUUUAUGUUCUGGUCCACUUCGUACAUUUCCCCCAUUUUUUUCUAAAAUGUAUGCGUAUAUAACGUAAAUAAUAAGUCUCUCAUAUACGCGGUUAUUAUUAUUUCAUUUUUAUAGAGAAAAGAAAAGGGACAAAAAUAUUUAAGAAAGAGAAAAAAAAAAAAAGAAAAUGAGGAAAAACUCUGUAAGAUGAUUAUUAUUGUAUUAAGCGAAAUCGCGAAAAUCGAAUAGAAGAAACAGGUCGAUAAUGAUGAUUAUCCUGUCCCCGAUGUACGAUGAUGAUGAUGAUUCGUAUUUUGUUUUUGUUUUUUCCAUUGCGAAGGAACAAAGACAAUGUAUUGUACGGGAAAGAAAGAAAAAAAAAAAAAAAAAAAAAGAAAGAAAGAAAUUUAACAAAUGAAUUUUGUUAAUAAUGAUUCGUUUGCUUGAUCAACCUUUUUUUUUCUUUUUUCCGUUUUGUUCCGUGUCUUUUUUCCUCCACACUUCGUCGAAUAAUAUUUCACACGUUUCAACUUGUGAUUCGAAAAAACGAAUAGAAAAACGAUAAAAAUAUCGAAUAUGGAAUACAUUUUUUUACAGAAAAUUGUAAAGCUAUACGCCUUGUGUAUAUGUAUAUGUAUGUGUAUUUAUACACAAUAUACACGUGUAAUUAUGGAUAUAGCGACUCGAUCGACAGCAAUUCCUUUUAUCUAAUUAUAAGUUUAUAAAUAUAAGUUUAAGCGUUUGAACUUUGAUUUUGUGUAAAUUUUGAAUUGUCGAUAUCAUUUUGUGACGAAUCUCAUAUCGAUAGGGGAGAAGUUGGAGGAAUUUUUUUGUAACAAAUAGCAAUGUCUUUUUUUUUUUUUUUUUUUUAUAUAUAUAUAUAUAUUAUAAAUUCGGUUGACGAGCAAACGCAUCAUUAGAAAAAGAAAAGAGCAAAGAAAAAUAUGUAGAUAUCGAUAGCGAAACGCACAGAAAAUAAGUGUAGCAAGAUAAAUCCUUGGAAAAUUAAUUAUGAUUGUUUAAUAAAACAUUACAAUCUACCGAGGACCUUGCCACUACGUCGACAAAACGUAAUCCUG